CAAGUGGGUGUUAGGUUUGCUUUUGGUUCCUCUUAUGCACAUAAGGUGUUUGAUGAAAUGCCCCAAGAGCAUGAAACAAACAUGAUAUGAAGUGUUGGAGCCACACUUGAGCUUUCUCAUUUAUUUUUUCCUCCUCGAUCGCGAUGAAUCGACAAUGGAUGUACGGUAACCGACUCUCCGGCGAGUUCAGUGCGGGUUUGAAAGAUUUCCUCGUAGUGGCUAAUGCGAACAAGCAGGAGGGUUUUGUUAUCUGUCCAUGUGUUAAAUGUAAGAAUCAGAAGGGUUACUCUUCCUCAAGAGAUGUUCACAUGCACCUGCUUCGGCACGGUUUCAUGCCAAGCUAUAAUUGUUGGACCAAGCAUGGAGAAAGAGGGGUUAUAAUGGAAGAAGAUGAAGAAGGGGAUGAUUUCAUCGAUGAAAGCUAUCUUGCUCAUUUCGGUGAUACUUUCAUGGAGGAUGCUGAAGGUGAAGGGGAAGGUGAAGGGGAAGGUGAAGAAGAGGCACGUGAUGAUCCCGUUGAUGAUCUUGGUCGGACCAUUGCUGAUGCACGGAGACGCUGCGAAACUGAAAAAGAGAGGGAGAAUUUGGAUCGCAUGUUAGAGGAUCACAGGAAGGCGCUGUACCCCGGAUGCGAUGAUGGUCUGAAAAAGCUGGGCUGCACACUGGAUUUGCUGAGAUGGAAGGCACAGGCAGGUGUAGCUGACUCGGCAUUUGAAAACUUGCUGAAAAUGUUGAAGAAUAUGUUUCCAAAGAAUAACGAGUUGCCCGCCACUACGUACGAAGCAAAGAAGGUGGGGAGCUAUAAAUGCUGCGCGGCACGAACCGCCGCCCCGGCUUCUCUUCUUCUCCGCGCGGAAGCUCUCGCCCUCGACGUCGACGUCGUUGCCGUGCCGUGCCGUGCCGCCCUCGUCGUCGCCGCCUCGUCACCGGACGCCGCCUCCGUCGUCGACCCCGUACGUCUCGCCUCGCCGCCGCCUCCGUCGUCCGCGCUCGACCGCCGGCCGCCAUGCACCGCGCCGCCGCCCGUGGACCGGCCGUCGCUCGUGACCGCCGCCGUGCACCGCGCCGCCGCCCGUGACCGCCGGCCGCCGUGA